CUUUUAAUUUAUAGAGUUGUUUAUAAUACGCAACGGUUUUUAUUGAUAACAUUAAACUUAAAAAAAAAAAAAACAAGAAAAAACACUGUCAGUGUCAGUCUUAAUCUCGUUACAAGCCAUUUAAAUUUCCCUCCAUUGUAUCUAUUAACAAUGGUGUAAGUUGAAUAACAAUUGGUAUAGAGAUUAUUUAUUAUUUUCCUAGCAAGUAUUAUAAAUUUUAUAUUAACAAAAUAGUAUUAAAGAAAGAAUUUUUUGUUCAUUAAUAACGUGACAAACAGGUGAGAAUCAAUGCUGCGAAACUAAAUGAACGAAAAAGCCAUUUGCCGAGGCCAACACACGAUAUAACCUAAUAUCACUUUGCAAUAACGGUAUUUAAAAUCCAUACAGUAAUAAUGAUUUUAUAUUCGACUAAUAUUUAAACGUGUCAUUUUAAAAGUACAUAUAUUUUUAUUCAUGCGUAAAUAAAACACUUGGACAUGAAGAUUUAUUUAAUUUUGUUGACAUAAGAAAAAUGAGAUAAUCUGAAUUUGACAUUAUGUAAUAUUUUCAAUAUUAAUAUGAAAUAUUAUUUAUUAGAAUAAUAGAGUAAAUGAAUAUUUUAUUCACUCUUAUUUUAUUGAUAAAAAGUAUAAAAGUAAAAUAACAAGGAAUCAAAUAUGAUGACGUUUGAGGAAACUUUUUUAAUGAAUAAAAUUGAUCCUUGUAUUAAUGAACUAUUUAGUAAAACUUUUCUAAUAGUUGAGAAAGAAAAUUAUUCUUUACCUAGUCCGGAUAGAAUUUUUAAGAAAUGUCCGUGGUACAUCAAAGAAUUACAAACCUGUAAGGAACAGUUGAACGAAGUGAAAAAUCGUUUAAAUAGUUUUCAUUUGGAUAAGUGGCACAAACAUACGAAUAAAAGAAACAAGGCGGCACAAGUUUUGUACCAUGUAAAGAAAAAUAUAGAAGCAGAAUUACCUACGCAAGCAUGGUGCAAAUUUUAUGAAAUAUUAAGCUUCUUUCACUUUGUACCAAUGAACGAAAUUCAAAAGAAUAAUAAUAGUUUUACUUCGGUACAUUUAUGUGAAGCUCCUGGAGCUUUUGUCACAUCUUUGAACCAUUGGUUAAAGAUAAAUACCGAUUUCAAUUGGAAUUGGUUGGCUACUACUUUAAAUCCAUACUACGAAGGGAAUUCCUCGUCUAGUACAAUUAGUGAUGAUCGUUUCAUUAUAAAUACAUUAAAUCAUUGGUGUUUCUGCGAAGACAACACUGGAAAUCUAAUGGACUUGAAGAAUUUAAAUUUCCUUGUAAAUCAGGCUAAAGUUAAUGACAAUAUAUUAUUGAUUACUGCUGAUGGAAGUAUUAAUUGUAUGGACGUACCAGCCGAACAAGAAGCAACUGUUUCUAAGUUACAUUAUUGUGAAAUAGUCGCCGCAUUACAUUUAUUAAAUAAAGGAGGAAGUUUUUUAAUUAAAAUAUUUACUAUUUUUGAGUACACUUCAAUAUGUUCACUUUACUUAUUAGCUUGUUGUUUUAAUACAUUGUAUGUAACCAAACCAGCUACAAGUAAAGAAGGAAAUUCCGAAACUUAUGUCGUGUGUAUAGAUUUCAAAGGACCAGAAUAUAUAGCACCUUAUUUACCAACAUUACAGAAGUAUUAUGAAACCGUUAAUAAUACAGCUAUGUUUUGUAAAGAAGAUAUUCCAUCUAAUUUUAUAGAAAAAAUAAUCAAAUGUAGCCAAUUUUUCAAAGAGCAUCAAGCACGUGCUAUAACAAACAACAUAAUAUCUUUUACAUCUAACAAAGAAGUUGAUGAUAUCACAUGCGACAUCAAAAUUAUACAAAAACUUGUUGCCAAGAUAUAUUUGAACUACUGCAACUUACAACCUCUACCAUUUAACUGUAAAAUCAUGAAGAAAAAUAAGAAUAAUAAUCUAAUUUUUAAUUUUGUCAAAGUACAAUCAGACGAAUCAUAUGAUAUGCGUUGUGAAAAAGCAAACAAGUCACUAAUGCAACGUUUAAUCGAAUAUCGAUAUGAGAUAAAUGAGAUUUACUGUGGAGUAUUAAUGAGCGAACCAUAUAAAUUUCAGUUUACCAAUAAACAUAUAGUUUUAGAAUACUGCACAGGGAAACCAUUCUAUAGAGUAUUUAAUUCCAAAUUUUACAAUAUAAAAAUUCUAAAUAUACAAAACGAAAUAGAAAAUAUUUUAGAUGAAUUGCAGCUAAAAAGUUGUUUCCCUUCGGAUGAAGAUACAGUGAAUUUAUUACAAGAAUUAAAUAUAACUCCAAGUUACAUAACAUUGUGUUUUCAAUAUACAGAUCUUCAUUAUAAUUCAACACUUAUUUCAAAAAUUUAUGAGCUAUUAUGUACUUUUGUAAUUGAUGACAACCUUGUAUUAAUUGGUUAUUCUUUAUUAACACGUUUAAAUAUUAGUCUCCUCUACCUUUUGAAUUACACGUUUGAAUCUAUGGAAUUGAUACCUCACAAAAAAGUGGGUUGCUUAAUAAUCUUGAAAAAUUAUAAAAAUAACGCAAACAUAUUUAAAAUGUGGGAGAAAAUUGUCAAAACUGACAAGAAAUUACGAACAGAAGGAAAAACUAUUUUGUCUUUAAUUCCUAUAUCACAUCUAUGUGAUUGGAAAGCUUAUAGCAAGAUUGUUGAGUGCAAUCAUUGGAUUUUUAAAACAUAUCUUAAUUAUAUCAUAAAUAAUGCAAUGGAAAGAAUUAAUAUAUGUUAGAUACAUUUUAAUCAGACAAAAAUCUUAUAAGAAAAAUUUAUAUAAUAAAAUAUAUAUACUUACGAAAGAUGACUUUUUCUAUUGAUAGUAACU